AUGUUUCUUCAUUUUGUGUUUACAAGUCUAUUUUUGGGAAGCAGUUUUGUAAAAUCGGAAGUUUUAAUUGACAUCGAUGGCGGAUAUAAGAACUUGGUCAUUGGAAUUCAUCCUGAUGUUCAUCAUUCAAAUAUCAAAGCGCUGAUUCGCAAUUUCGAAAGCAUUUUGACUGGCUCCAGUGAGCUCCUUUACACAGCAACAAGAAAACAAGCUUUUUUUAAAGAGGUCAUUUUCGUUUUUCCCGAAACAUUUCGGGAGAAACUGGACGUAAAAUGGACACAAUGGAAUGCAAAAUUCAGUAAUCCAGAUACAUUCAUCAGUGCUGAUGAAAUUUUCAAUGAUGUAUACAGUACGCAAUAUGCUGGAUGUGGAAAUUCUGGUCGCAGAAUCAACAUACCCGUGGAAUUCCUAGAUAAAAAGGAUUCUGAUAAAGGUACAUCAUUUGUACGAGAAUGGUCGAAAUACCGAUAUGGAGUUUUCGAUGAAAGUGGUUUUCCUGGAGAUGAAGUUUAUCCUGCUUGCUACACAAUUCCAGGAACGGAUACAGUAAAAGUUACAGAUUGUACAAAUACAAAAGCUGUAUAUGAAUUCAGAAAAAGUUCAAGUGAAGAAUACUAUCAAUUUCCGGAUUCCUGUAGGCCUAUUCCAGUCAGUGGACAGAAUACUGGUGUAGAAUCAUCACUGUUGACAAGAUACAAUUUCCCUAAAAUGAAACAAUUCUGCGAUGGAAAACAAUUCCCUCAUGAUAGAGACGUGCCAUCGAAACAAAAUGCGCUUUGUAAAGACCAAAGUACGUGGGAAGUGAUUAAUCGAAAUUCUGAUUUUAAACACAAAAGAAAAGUCCCUCCAACAAGCAUAACACCAACUUUUAAAUAUAUUUUAGAAACUGAUGUACGGAUCAUUGUAGCUAUAGAUACCUCGAACAAUAUGGAUCUGAAUGACAGAAUGGAAAUGGCGAAAAAUGCUUUUGCAUAUUUCAUCCUAAAUGACGUGCCAUUCAAUACAAAGGUUGGAAUCAUUCAUCUGAAAGACACUUUAACCAAUACUCCAUUCAUAUCGAUUCACACGCAAGAAGAUGCAGAAAAAAUAGUUGAUAUUUUUCCAGAUGUAAACGACGAUGGCUCGCUGUGUGUAGGCUGCGGCAUCAAGAAUGCGUACGAGGUUUUGAAAAAUGGUUCGAAAUCAGAAAUAAUAGUCAUAUCUGCUACAGAUAUCAACCAACAAGAAAUAGUAACUUUGUCGGAUAAACUUUCGACAAGUGGGAUCAAACUUCACGCUGUUUUCUUCAAAAAGAAAAUUGCUGAAAUGUCUGGUCUACACAAGCUGGCGAAAAGUACAAAAGGACAUUUUUUCUACAUACCUGAAAAUUUUGACAGCGUCAACUCAUUGUCACCAAUAACAUCGCUCCACGAAGCUUUUAGAACUAUUUAUGAAUCAUUUUCAUGGAUCAAUAAAAAUCAUGUUUUGAUUGAUCAAAAGAUAUAUGCUGGAAAUAACAACAAAAACAAUAGCAUGAUCUUUUAUAUCGAUAGAAGUGUGGAGAGCUUUCAAGUUUUACUGACUGGACCUGGUUUUCUGUUUGGACCUCCUGUAGUGAAAGAUUCCAUCGUCUUCCAGAAUGAGCAACAUCUUUAUCUUCCAGUUGGAGAAUGGAAGCUUUCGUUCCAGAGAAGAAGUGGGUUUUACAAGCCAGUUGUAGUUUUGAUAAGAGGAAGAAAUAAAAAAAGUUCAGACAUUAUAAAGAUGUCACCAUGGAUGACAUUUGAAACUAAUGUGGAGAAAACUACAUCGAAGCCUGAAAAUGCGUUAUUCGUCGAAAUAAAAGCAAAUUACCGUCCCGUCAUAAAUGCAACUGUUGAAGCUUACGUGUAUCAUCCUAUUUCAAACACACGGUUCAAAGUCUGCCUUACUGACUUAGGAGAAGGAGAUCCUGACAUCACAAAAAAUGACGGCAUUUUUUCCAGAUACCUCACAGCACUUCAAUAUACAGGCUACUAUCUAAUUACCAUUGUAGCAAAUGGUCAAGCAGAACAAAACCAAAUCAUCUUGAAUGGAACACGACGUGAGCAAUGUUGUGGCAGUUACAUUCCUACGGAUUUGGCAUACUCUCCUGAUAGGUUUAGAAGAAUAGUAAAUUAUGAAACUAUUUUCAUUGAUUCUGAUAACGUUGGAAGAAUUUUACCACCGCGAAGAAUAGCAGACUUGAGAGUAGCGAGACUUGUGUUGCUUGAAAAUGGGAUAAAAUACUAUGUAUUCAAAUGGACUGCUCCAGGAGACAACUGCGAUAGUGGCACAGCUGCAGAUUAUGAGAUGAAGACAUUCCCUUCUCGUGAUGAUGCUCUACACAAUUUUGAUACGAAUUACAUUUCAAAAAUCACAGAGUGGAACAUACAUGGUCCAUGGCUGGUUCCAUUGGAAGCUGGAACCACCCAAACUGCUAUAGUUGAAUUUAAGAAUCUCACAACGGGUAACUACUUCAUAGCAAUGCGUGCUAUCGGCCAAACAAACCAAAAAGGAGACGUUUCAAAUAUCGUUCAGAUAAAAUAUGACGAACCAGUACUACCGCUUUUUACCACGGGAACAAUGGAUCCAUCUGAUUUGCCCCUCACGACUUCCUCCGACGAUGCCGGAAACCAAUCACGUCUUGAUUCCUUUGGACUUGCCAUUGGUAUUAGCCUUGGACUUCUUUUUCUGUUUAUCGUUAUUGGUAUUUUUCUGUUGUUUUACUUUGCACGAAUACGUAGAAGAAAAGCUAAACCAGGAAUAAGUCAAGGAAAACAGAAAACUGAAUCCAAUGACACACUUUGCAACAGCACGGGAAAUGGCAAUAUAUCCAUAAUUAGUCCAGUUCAUUCCUGGGGUGCAGACUCGCUUCUUUCCCAUUACGAGACAAUUCAGCGAAGAAACAAAGCGAACGAAUCGAGUCCAGUAGCUCCACCAGAGUCAUCUGAAACAUCAUCCGUCGCCUCCAGUAGAUACUCCAGCAUAAACAAAAUGGAACAAAACUCUACUUAUUACGAUCCCGUUUAUUUUCACGCGAUUAAAGACAGAGACGACGCGAAUUUUCCAUUCAAUCCAGCUUUCUCACCAUUCAGUCCCAUUUAUACUUCAUCUUUGCGUAAAAUUCAUCCCCACUAUGGAGUCGAUUAUCACUACUCGCCAGACACUGCAAGUAUUUAUAGUUGCACUCUCGACAGAAAUGGAAAACUGAACACUGACGUUUGAUCAUUUUCUUUAAGUAUUCAGCUGAAAGAAACUGUUAAUAAGUUUUAUAAGUUUCUUGAAAAACAAGAACGCAUAUUCGAAGACCAAGAAUUGUUAUAUUGCAUUUGUGAAGUUAUUUAUAAAACAGUAUUGGGCAUACUUAAUUAAAUUAC